AUGUCUGAAAUUACUUUAGGUCGUUAUUUAUUCGAAAGAUUAUCCCAAGUCAAUGUUAACACCAUCUUCGGUUUACCAGGUGACUUUAACUUGUCCUUGUUAGACAAGAUUUACGAAACCCCAGGUAUGAGAUGGGCUGGUAACGCUAACGAAUUGAACGCUGCUUACGCUGCUGAUGGUUACGCCAGAAUUAAGGGUAUGUCUUGUAUCAUUACCACUUUUGGUGUCGGUGAAUUAUCCGCUUUAAACGGUAUUGCUGGUUCCUACGCUGAACACGUUGGUGUCUUACACGUUGUCGGUGUCCCAUCCAUCUCUUCUCAAGCUAAACAAUUAUUGUUGCAUCAUACUUUAGGUAACGGUGAUUUCACUGUUUUCCACAGAAUGUCUGCUAACAUCUCUGAAACUACCGCUAUGGUCACUGACAUUGCCACUGCUCCAGCUGAAAUUGACAGAUGUAUUAGAACCACUUAUGUCACUCAAAGACCAGUUUACUUAGGUUUACCAGCUAACUUGGUCGACUUGAAAGUUCCAGCUUCCUUAUUGGAAACUCCAAUUGACUUGUCUUUGAAACCAAAUGAUGCUGAAGCUGAAGCUGAAGUCUUGGAAGAAGUCUUAUCUUUGAUCAAGAACGCUAAGAACCCAGUCAUCUUAGCUGAUGCUUGUUGUUCCAGACACGAUGUCAAAGUUGAAACUAGAAAGUUGAUUGACAUCACUCAAUUCCCAUCCUUUGUUACCCCAAUGGGUAAGGGUUCCAUUGAUGAACAAAAUCCAAGAUUCGGUGGUGUCUACGUUGGUACUUUAUCUAGACCAGAAGUUAAAGAAGCUGUUGAAUCUGCUGAUUUGAUCUUAUCUGUCGGUGCUUUGUUAUCUGAUUUCAACACUGGUUCCUUCUCUUAUUCUUACAAGACUAAGAACAUUGUUGAAUUCCACUCUGAUCACAUUAAGAUUAGAAACGCUACUUUCCCAGGUGUUCAAAUGAAAUUUGUCUUACAAAAAUUAUUGAAAUCUGUCCCAGCUGCUGUUAAAGGUUACAAACCUGUCCCAGUCCCAGCAGGUAUUCCAGCUAACAAGAAGGUUGCUGACUCUACUCCAUUGAAACAAGAAUGGAUGUGGAACCAAGUUGGUAAAUUCUUACAAGAAGGUGAUAUCGUCAUCACUGAAACGGGUACUUCUGCUUUCGGUAUUAACCAAACUCAUUUCCCAAACAACACCUACGGUAUCUCUCAAGUCUUAUGGGGUUCCAUUGGUUUCACCACUGGUGCUACUUUAGGUGCUGCUUUCGCUGCUGAAGAAAUUGAUCCAAAGAGAAGAGUUAUCCUUUUCAUUGGUGAUGGUUCUUUACAAUUGACUGUUCAAGAAAUUUCCACCAUGGUUAGAUGGAAUUUGAAACCAUACUUGUUUAUUUUAAACAACAAUGGUUACACUAUUGAAAAAUUGAUUCAUGGUCCAACUGCUCAAUAUAAUGAAAUUCAAAGUUGGGAACAUUUGAAAUUGUUAGAAACUUUCGGUGCUAAGGAUUAUGAAAACCAUAGAGUUGCUACCACUGGUGAAUGGAACAAAUUAUGUGAAAACAAGGAAUUCAAUGUUAACUCUAGAAUUAGAGUCAUCGAAGUUAUGUUGCCAGUUAUGGAUGCUCCUCAAUCUUUGAUCAAACAAGGUGAAUUGACUGCUCAAAUUAACGCUAGAGGUUAA